GAGAGAUUAUAUAUUUAGAGAAAAUGAUUUUAGACGACGAUAAUAUUUACCGAUUCCCUGACCCAUCACCUCUAAACUCUUCUAUCUUAGAUUAUUCAGAAUACAGAGGAGAAGGUAUACCCCUGGUGGUUGACUAUGGAUCCUCUAUGUGUAGGAUGGGCUGGGCCGGAGAAGAGAAUCCUAAAAUUUGCUACAGGAAUAUCUAUGCCAAGUGUAGAAAGGAUUCAGUGCUUCAGAUUGGUAAUUCUAUUGGAAAUAUUGAAGCUGUUAGACCAACGAUAAAAUCCCCUUUUGAUAGAAAUUUGGUCACUCAUUUAGAAGGAUUUGAAUUGCUGUUUGACUAUGGCAUAUCUCGGCUGGGAGUGGAUACAGAUGGUUCAGUUGAUCACCCUGUAUGUAUAACAGAAUGCCCGGCCAACACUAAUUUUACCAGACAUGGUAUGAAUGAGGUACUGUUUGAACUGUACAACGUACCUAGUGUAGGGUACGGUAUUGACUCUUUGUUCAGUUUACAACAUAAUUGUACUUCUGUUCAAGAUGCUCUAGUUAUAAGUCUUGGACAUCAAACUAUCCAUGUUAUUCCUGUUCUGGGGGGUGUCCCACACCUCCAUAAUGCCCGCAGUAACAAAUUAGGAGGUUUACAAUUACAAAGUUAUAUGCAACGGAUCCUACAGCUACGAUAUCAAAAUCAUUCCGCCACACUUACGCUUUCAAGGAUUGAGGAUAUGUUUUCCUUGCUUCGUGUUUCUUCAGAUUUUCAUUCAGACUUGAAACUGUGGAAGGAUCCUGAUUAUUAUGAGAGUAAUGCGUUAAAAGUUCAGCUCCCAUUUGUUGCAACAGUUAAGGCUCCCCCCGUGGAUCCAGAAAUAUUAAAGGCUAGAAGGCAAGAACUAGGACGAAGAUUAAUGGAAAUCAAUUCUAAGAAGAGAGAAUCUAAACUCCAGGAGAAUAUAAAGAUACUGGAGCAGUUGGAUCAUGUUAAACAGAUAGUGGAUCAAGGAUCUGAAACAAGAACGCAGAGGGCGUUAUUGAAUCUCAAUUUGACGAGUACAGAAGAGCUGAUUUCUCUAAUCACUCGAACAAAGAUGGCGAUUGAUAAGGCCAACGAGGCAAAACUAAGAGAGGCUCAGAGAGAAGAAACAGCUGCUGAGCCUGAAACUAAAAAGAGGCGUGAAGACAUGUGUGAAUCGGAACGGAUUGAAUUCGAUUCUUGGAUAUCUGACGUCAGAUCGAAACUUCAGGAAAUCCGGGAGAAGAAAGCUGUGCGCGCACGCCGCCGGAAACAGAUUGCUAAGCGACGCACCGCGGCAAGUCAAGAAAGAAUGCGCAUUAUCAGCCAUCUUGCUCGGAACAAUAAGGAAGAGGAUAAUUUCGGAUUGAAUGACUCAGACUGGGAUGUUUACAAACAAAUAUCACGUGAUGCCGAGGAUUCGGAUAGUGAAGAGGAGAAUCUCAAAGCCCAGGAGUAUGAAUCUGUGCUAAAAGAGCACGGGGAUGAGGAGGAAGAAAUAAACAGAAACUCUCCUCUAUGGCAUCAGGUUCAUUUGAGUACUGAGAUAACCAUGAUACCAGAAAUCAUUUUCCAACCGAGCAUUCUAGGUUUGGAGCAGGCUGGGUUAGGGGAAACUAUUCAGUUUAUUUUCACAAAAUAUAGUUGUCCUGAUGUUGCUCGGUUAUCCAAUAAUGUUCUUCUUACCGGGGGAUUAUCUAAAAUACCAGGUUUACAAUCUCGUCUUGAGGUAGAGUUACAACAGAUGCUUCCCUUUAAAUCUACUUUUCAGGUUAGUAUAGUGUCUGAUCCAGAACUAGUUGCUUGGCGUGGAGCUAGUGAAUGGGCAGCUCAUACUCAAAAUCAAAGAUAUAGAACUGGAUUUAUGACACGGGCCGAGUAUGAAGAACAUGGUGAAGGAUAUUUAAAAGAACACAUGGCGUCCAAUAAAUACACCCCAACACCUCCUCCUCCAGAAGUAUUAAACCCAACACCACCCACCUCUUCUUCAUGAGGUUAAAGGGACUGUAAACGUAUUAUCAAGUCGCCUUUCUUUUGUAAAGUGGUCAGUUCUAUUCACAAUGGUACCAUUUGUAUUUGAUAAUUGGUGACGGAGAUAUCUGUAUUUUAUUAAAGAAAAUUGAUAGGAACCAUGUGUUGUUAUUAGCACGGAUUAAACACUCCAGUUUCCCUGCACUCAGUUUUCAGCUAGAAAUAUACAGAUAGCUACUUGGUGGGUGAUUAGGUGUUAAGGGUACAGUUGUGAAUCGUACAUACCAUGUGAAUUAAUUGUCAUUUGAAAUUGGCAUUAAAGAUCAACUCUGUAGCUAGCUCACCUCUUCUGAGGUUUAAAAUCAACCAACCAACCGUCAAUCUUAAAAAUAUUAUGAUCUCAUAUUUCGUUGCAAAAAAAAACGUUUGUGGCCUUUACUUGGACCUGGAUAGAUUACAAAAUUUCCAGUUUGUAUGAUAUAUAUUGUUAUUUAUAUUACUUUCAGA